GGCGCAUGUUGAUCGGAUAUGUGGCCAUAUAGGAGCACAUUGUGAGCAUCUUUGCGCUUUUUUUAAGGGUUGAGCAACCCGCAUCCGAAAAUAGUGUUGGCUGUUAGAAAGUAGGUCGAUAGGAACUGAGAGCGACGUUUGUUUCCACGCUUUUGUCUGUGUUCUUUGUUGUUUAGCGAGGACUGUGGGUUUUUUUUUCAUAGCCUACCCUUUAGUGAAGAGGGUUUUACGCACAGGUGGGAGAUACCCGCUCAGCAUAGGACAGCCCCCCUCUCUGCUCCUCAGCGGAUGAUGUGAGGAAGUGACAUUUUUCACCGCUGCGGUUCGGGACAGCACUGCUCCUCUGCAAACAGGUGUGCUGCUGUCCGGGUCACUUUUACUGGAGGGAAACCGCGGGGAGGUAAUAGCGUCCCAAAACCUGAACCGAGCCUCCAGGACGCGGGACAGCGGGGACCGAGAGGAGGGGGAAAAAAUCAACCCCGUUCAAGUGUGUUCUUUAUUAGCCUGGGCUGUUUGAACGGGUUCAGACAGGAGAAGAGAGAGAGAGAGGGAGAGAGGGGGAGCGAUGGCAACGAAAAAGGCGUGCGUGGAUGCGCCCAAAAGGAGCCGGAGUCCGGUCGUGUUGGAGGCGGAGAUGUUCAGUGAAUUUCAGGACUGGUGUCUCCGGACUUAUGGAGACUCCGGUAAAACAAAGACCGUCACCCGGCGAAAAUAUAACAAAAUCAUGCAGACACUGUUGCAGAACGACGAGUCGGAUGGCGUUUAUGUCGACAACAGCCACAUCAACGCCAAAUUCAAAUUUUGGGUGAAGUCGAAAGGAUUUCAGGUCGGGACCAACGUUUUGGGGGAGCACAACAAGAAAGGAGCUCCAGGGAAACCCGUCCUAUAUGUCCCGGUCAAGUCAACGUGCUCAGAUGGGAAUUCUGCCCAAGACAACUCCUCCCUGAAGCGUGUAGCUGUGGUUGAAGACUUCUUUGACAUCAUCUAUGCCAUGCAUGUGGAGAUGGGUGCCGACCCUGGCAGAGCACCCAAACAUGCAGGCCAAAAGAAGACCUACAAAGCGAUAGCAGAGACCUACGCCUUCCUGCCCAGAGAGGCGGUGACUCGGUUCCUAAUGAGCUGUGGAGAGUGUCAGAAGAGGAUGCACAUCAACCCCAGCACUGCAGAGUUCAAAGAAAAUGACAGACCGACCUCACUGGUCCCGGACCUCAUUGACUACAACAUGCCUCUUACUGCCACCUACCUGAAACAAAUGAAACUGCAGUGCAUGACAGCCACUGAAAGGGAUGACAGCUCGGUGAGCAGCGAGGACAUGAACAACACUGAGCCCACAUGGGUCGCAGCUGAGCAGCCCCCAGUGCCUGAGCCCAGUCCACCUAACGGAGAGCGAGUCAGCAACCCCACAGCCACCAUUAAAGAGGAGGAUGAUGACGACUCCUCGGAGAGCGGCAGCGCCAACGGGCUGCCGGCCCUGACCUCCCCGGACGCGCUGGCUGUGGGUGGGAACCCCCCAGAUGGAGGGGCCCCUUAUGGGGAGGUGACAGAGAACGGGCUGAGCGCUCCCCUGGACUUUAGCACCACCUCGUCCUCGUCCUCUUCAGAGGAUCAGCAGCCGGUCAAUCUGAGCGACAGACUGCUGCCUGCGGGGAGCUCGCCGCCAAACUCCUACCCCGCAGACGCCAACAGGAAGUACCCCAUCAAAACAGAGUACGCCAACAAGUCUCCUCCUUACAGCUCAGGAAGCUAUGACUCUCUGAAAACUGAACUGAGCAUGAGCGCAGAGGACUUAACCUCUGGUCGGGCACAGAUAAUUGACGACGACGACGAUGAUCACGAUGACCACGAUGACAGUGACAAGAUCAACGAUGCAGAGGGUAUGGACCCGGAGAGACUUAAAGCUUUCAAUAUGUUUGUGCGUCUGUUCGUGGAUGAGAAUCUGGACCGCAUGGUGCCCAUCUCCAAACAGCCCAAGGAGAAGAUCCAGGCCAUCAUCGAGUCCUGUAGCCGCCAGUUCCCAGAGUUCCAGGAGCGCUCCCGCAAGCGCAUCCGCACCUACCUCAAAUCCUGUCGCCGCAUGAAAAAAGGCGGCUUUGAGAUACGACCAACACCUCCUCACCUCACCUCUGCCAUGGCUGAGAACAUCCUCGCUGCUGCCUGCGAGAGCGAAACCCGAAACGCUGCCAAGAGGAUGCGGCUCGAUGUCUACCAAGCGACGGUAAAUGUCCUGGCAUCUGUUGACAAGCCCAACUCGAGGGACCCGGCCCCCGUGGCCCCAUCAGCGUUCGCCAUUUCCAGCGCAGCUUUUGCCCAGGACCAGCUCUACACCAACGGAGGCCUCAACUACAACCUGCGGGGGUAUGGGACGGUCGGCAGCAGCCAGCAGAACUCUGGUGCUGCACAAACCAACGGUCCCACAGAUCUGAGCAUGAAGUCCGUCGGCCCGAACUCCUCCUCCUCCUCCAGCUCCAACAGUCACGGUCAGGGGGGCGGUGGCGGCGGAGCUUCGGCCCAGCUCAGCCCUCCGGAAGUCACGGCGGUGAGGCAGCUCAUCGCAGGGUACCGGGAGUCCGCGGCCUUCCUGCUCCGCUCAGCAGACGAGCUGGAAAACCUGAUCCUGCAGCAGAACUGAGUCCGAGCCAAAAAGGUGCCAAGACCCUCUCCUAGCCUGUCCGUCUCCCUGUCGCUCUCAGUCACACAUAUUUGGGCAGACUUUCAUAUACAAAGACAGAAAAUGUACACGAGUGUUACUGCAGCGCACAGUGGGUCCUGUAGGUACGGUACCUUUACUUAUUCCCACAUGUUUAUGUAUUUUUGGACGGGCCAGAACAUAUCACAGGCUGAAAAAUGUUUAUUUAUGCAUUUGGUUCACUUUGACCUUAGUGCCCUGUUAUCUGUAGCCAUUCAUCCCAUUCAGUUCCUUUUCACCACCUCAACCUCCAUUCGUCUCAGGAAGCGAUGAUCUAUGUGAAAAAUAAACAAAUCUGCAUCGGUACACAGGGGAGUGUUAAAUUAGCUGUGACCAUGACGCCACAGUGGCUCGUUUUGUGCAGAUUUUUGGACAAAUUAGUAGUUAAAUAGCGGUUAUUUGGUGUCAGUACCUUGUUUCUAUUUUUACACAGAUGUAAAAAAACAAAAUAUGCUGUGCAGUGGCAUGAUUUGAUUGGUCGGUCUGAAUUGAGUGAUUUCUUAACGAUAGCCCUCUCCAAACUCACUUCUGUGUCACGGAAAAUUUGGAGCGUUGCUUUGUCAAAGUCCGUAGAUAAAAUCGCUGCUAAAAUCCACUGACCUGUUAACCUCAACAGCUUCUGUGCGACGUGCUGACAUACGCAAAAAAUUAAAAAUAGAGAAAGGAAAUAAAACGACGACAGUCUGACAGCUUUCACCUGUAAAUUUUAACCAACAGAUCAGUCAAAUCUAUACCUCGGUCCUGCUCUGUUGGAGUAGUUUCCAGAUUUUUAGACGUGGUUACCAAGAGACAAAGACUCAUUACCCAGCGCAACUUUAUUUUCAGUUAUUUUAUUUACCCGGACAGUCUCUCAUUACUUACAAGGAGAAGGAGGCUUUUAAGACGCCUUGGUAUGCAAACUGAGGUCACAGACACCUGUCAGGGACAAAAAGGAGAUGAAUAUAUUGUUUAGACUCUUGGUUUAUAACCAGUGCUUCUGGAAAAGUGGAAAAAGGUGCAAUAUUGAAGAUAAUCAGUAUAUGGCGUGCUUACUGAAAUGACUUCGUCAGACUCGCUGAAGCGUUUUAUAAGGCGUUUGUAAGAGGAGGGAGUACUUUACCACAACCACUCGCUCCACUCCCCUUCCUCCUCCGCCUGCUGUAACUGUCAAGUUGUAAAAAAAAAACAAAAAACAAAAGAAGAAAUGAUAUCCCAUGCAGCAUUGUAGCCAAUUUCAAUGUUGUUGUUUGUUGUGAAUACUGAUCUUUAUUGCUAACCUCAUAACUGAGGCACUUUCAUGUAUCGGGAUCAGUCAUCCGUAGUGAUAAAAAAAGGAAAUGGGACCUGGCAGAAAAAUGAGACUUAAUGUUGCACGUCUUUUUUUUUUUUUUUUUGGUUUUUUAAACUUUUAAAGUGAUUUGGGGUUGUUUUGUGAAGGAAUUGUUCUGUGGGUGUUGUUCAGUUAAAAGUGCACAUAGAGCUCGCAUGCAUCCAUUACUGACAGUCAGAUGAGUGCAGCGGUGUAACCCCAACGUCCAUAUGGCUUUACUGGAUGCAGCGUGAGUGUGUGUGUGUGUGUGUGUGUGUGGGCUGCUCAGACAAAAAGAAACUCCUCCAGUCAGUCUGUAUCGUCCCCCUCUGACCUCAGCUGUUUCAAACCCUCCGACACAUCUCUCAACUUUUAUCUUAUCGACUCCGCAUCUGAAAAAAAACUCACUGUUUGAAAAGAAGCAAGAGACAAUCUUUGAAAAAGAUGUAACCGCAUCACAGUUUACUCUCCCAGCUUUCGGCUAUGGUGUGUCUGCGUGUGUCUGCGUGUGUGUGUGUGUGUGUGUGUGUGUGUGUGUGUGUGUGUGUGUGUGUGUGUGUGUGUGUGUGUGUGUGUGGUCUGAGGGCACACAAUAAGUACUCAAAGCAGAUCUAGAGCACAGUCUCACAACAGACACUUUUAAUGGUGAGUCACUCGGCACAAAAACACUUGGUGUAAGUGUGUGUGUGUGUGUGUGUGUUGUUGUUGUUUUUGACUCCUUUUUUUUUUUAUUUGUUGACGUAAGUGUUGGUAUUAACAGUAUGUUGAUUUUCUGUUUGCGUACACGUGGAGUGACCCAGUUUGUACAACAUCAAUCUGUGAAGAAUUUAAUUCAGUCGGCUGAAAACAUUCCAAACAAGGACAAUGACUCUUCAAAGCAGCCAAAAGUGGCUCGCACCUUAUUGAUCUGUCAAAGUUCAGAGAGAUAUAUUUCUGUAUUUAUCACAAAUCUAUCAUAUUUAUCAUGAAUCAGUCUAUUUCAGCACCAUUCAUUGUUUUCCUCACCACCAUCAGGCUGGUUUUACACGAGAGCUGGAUUUACAUACAUGUCCUAAAAACAACCAUUUUACAUUUUAUUGCCAUGUCAUGAUUGGGCUGCAUUACAUUUCACAUUUAAAUUCUAUUAUCUAUUGCAAGUUUGGAAGCACUUUAUAGCUCAGGAUUAAGGUUACAUAACACAGUGAUUUGAGUGUGUCUUUACCUCAUUUGGAAAAUCAGCUUCAGUUCAAACACGUUAAGAACUGAUUAUAACAAAGGACAAUUUGACACGACUCACAAUCAGAAGCAGUCGUCGUUCUGCUUUACCGAUGACUAUAACAAAUAGAAACGGCUCCUUUUUGGAAACCUCAGCGGAGCUCGGUUUGAACUCAUCAGUUUGGUCCACAGGAGGGAUGUUUCAUAAAGGGAGACCCAGAGGAGAAGCAGGGUUUAUUGUGAGAAGGCAGACUUGAAUUAGCCUGACAAACUGAGCCAGGAUUAAUCUGUUGAAACACUGAACCUGAGGCAUUAAUUCACAGAGAAAACUGUGUCUGUGGCCACAAAGCAGCAUGUGUAAAAAGAGGAGUGAAAUUUUACAGCAACAAUAAAUAAAGUAAAAGAGAAUUUUUGGUAGCAUGUUGUGGGUCAGUGCUGAGCUCAGACUCUGCCAGAGGUAGAAAUGAACUCAAGUUAACUGUACUCUUCUGACAGCUGCACUCUGCCUGUGAUUAUGACAGUGUGGGUUCAAAUCCUACAUGAACCACACAAACCUUCUUUGUGUAAUUAGUGCAGAAAAUUAAGAUGUAGAUGUCUAAAAAGCACCAUACUAUUAAAUGACAAAUAAGACUCCAACCAGGUGAUUUAUUUUACAGGAAGACAGUAAGAUAAUGAGCAUUUAAAGCCACUAUAAUCAAAUUUUAAUGAUGACAGUGCAUUAACUGACAAUGUGAGUGUGAAAAGGGUUUUAGCGGAGCCUUAUAGAGAGUUCCAGCUCAUUUUUUAGCUGUUGUUUCUGCCCGCGGGAGGCAGCUGUUUGCAGAAAGUAAAGCCCUAAAAACUCACUUUACACAAUCUGCUCAGAACCAAACAGCAAACAGACACAGUCGGGGACUAGCAGGUGAAUAUAGUGGAGAAUAUAGGGGCUAAAAAGACAGGUAUUUCCCACAGGAGUGACCAAAAACAGAGCAAAAAGAGAAAAAGAGAGGUGAAUUUUGGGCUAAACACAUUAAAAUGUUUAUCAUAUCAACUUAAAAAGUGAUGAUAUGUCAGUGCUGACUUGUUUCCAUUGUCCCCAAGUUAUUGCAGGUUUAUUUAAUGUAAGAGAGAAGAAGUGUAUUUAAAAGCACUGGUUUUGACUGGAUAACUGUGCAGGAUGUUUAAAAAAUUAAAAAGACACAAUCUCAUGAUUUUAAUUCCCAAACUGACUCAUGUUCACAGUGCAGCAGUAAAGAGGAACCUUUGAGAGAUUGCUGCGUUUCAGUCAGACAAACUGACUGUAACACUGAAGACCUGGUCAGUUUUCAGACUGAUUUAAACCUCCUUUAUGAAUCAGACUGUCUGGACUUGCUGAACGAUGGUUGUUUUUUUUAUGAAACAUCCCCUCUGGACUCAAACAGACGUUAAUCGUAGAUGUACGUGGGACCUGAGUCCUCACACAUGUCUUCCUCGUCUCCUCCAACCUGCUCGUUUGUUAACUGUUAACUGUAGCCAUAGCGGAUCCUCUACACGUCGUGUCGAACUCAGUGACGCCAUGUUGAAUUUUGUCCUGUUUUUUCAAAAAAACAAAAACACUUGCUUGCAGAUUCGUAUUCUGUCUUAAAGUCUACGCUGAGCAACAUUUUAGCUGUUUGGUGGAGUUACUGUGAUCAACAACAACCACUUGUUGUCAUGUUGUUGUUUUUUGCUUUUCUGUUUUGUUUUUUUUUUCCUUCUAAUAAAUGCCCAAUGGAUUUUCUCUUUGUAUUGACUGGACAAUGUAAUCUAUUGGUGUUGAUUAAAAUGCCCUGGUAGCUUGUGGAUUGCUAAAGUGGUCAGAUAAAUGUACUGUAUAGCUGUACAAAGAGUGAUAAAAGAUGUUUUAAACCUUUCUUUUUUUCUGUGGGUACAGCACUGUUUUAAAAAAAUAUCAAAGUGGUUUUAGCCCUUGCCUGUUUUAACUUAUCAUUUGGUGGUGGUCUGUAUUACUUCUAUUGUUAUUUAUAUUAUUUCAAUUGUUGCCUCUCCUGCACUGAUAAGAGACUGUAGCUCUGUGCAGGGGGUCGUACUGUAAACCUGUGUGAAGCUUUGUAUUUUUCCCCUCUGGUUUUGGACUCAGUGAAAGUGUGAUGUUUACAUGUACAGUUUUUCAGAAUACUUUUCUUUUUAUUUUCCGUCUUAUUCAGGCUAUAUAUAUAUACCCCCCCCACCCCCUUUCCUCACCUAUACCCCCCUAAUCUGUGUACAUUUUUGGCCAGAUAUUUUCGUAGUUGUUGUUUCAUUGCAUCAAGUGCAAGACGUGACCUCUGUUUAGACAACCUGGUCACAUGGUCAGAGUGUGCCGUGACAAAACUGGUUGUGGUCAGCUCUGUGUUGUGGUGGCGGCUUCCAGCAUUUUAAUCUUAAGAAAAAAAAAAAAAAAAAGGGAGCUUCACAACUUCUCAAAGUGGACCAGAAAAGAUUUAUUAAGGAUCAAGACGACUUUAAUCAGCUGUUAUAAAAUACUAUCGUGGCCUAAAUGGAGAAUGGUGGGGGCGUAUAGGUACAUUUAUUAUACUACAUUAAGUGCUCAUAAUCUUUUAAUAUCCCGGCCGUGUUGUCAGGGAAAACUCCUUGUCCUUAACCCGACUGGUACCCUGAAAGGUACACUUUGACCUGUUGUAAUAUCUCCUUGGUAACAUAAAAGCCAUUCCCCUCUCCUGGCCUUUUUAAGGGGAACCCAUAAACCUCAGGAAAUACUGAAUCUCCAAGUUUAGUUUUUAUCCGCUGAUUUCUUCUGAAAUGAGAUUUAAGUCUCUAACGAAAACCAUUAACAUUUAUAUGAGAUGUCUAUUGUUUUGUACAUUUAUCAUUGUGAUUUAAAAGUGGAGCUUUUUCCAGUAUCCUGUGACUUAAUAUUUGAAUUUUCUUUCUUCUUUUUUUUUUUUUUUUUUUUUUUUGGGAGUGUUUAUAGGUAUGAAUAUUUAUUAUUAUAUGUGAAACUACAAAAAGACAAAAGAAAAAGGUUGAACCUGUUUCAUUUGUAUGUUUCAUGCAAAACCGUCCAGGUGAGAUUCUCUCUGCCUCUUACAUAUCACUAAUGAGGGACCUGUGUUUGUUUGGAAAUAGCGCUUUUUCAGUGUUGCAUCAACGCUAUGACAAAAAAAGGAAAAAAAAGAAAAGAAAAAAAAAAACACCAGUGGUUUACCAACAGCAGAGUUGCAAGGCUCUCCUCUUCUCCUGAGAUGUCAGUAAUUGAAUAAAAUAGUGCGAUGAGCUAUCAAACCGAGA